AUGCCCUUCGAAUCCACUUUUCCACCGAUAUCUGUCCCACCGAUCGAUCUUUGGGCGUUUUUGUUUGAAAGAACUGAUCGUGAUUAUCCGGAAGACCAUGUCAUUUUUGUGGACAUAACAGCCCAAAAACAACAUACAUUCCGAGAUGUUCGUCAAGCUGCGACAUUAUUCGGACAAGGCCUUCGACAAGAGUGGAAAUGGCAAAAAGGAGAUGUCAUGGCGUUAUUCACCCCCAAUUCCGCCGAGAUUGGGGCGGUCACAUUCGGAACUCAUUGGGCAGGAGGUGUCGUUUGUCCAUUCAACAAUCUUUACACCGUUGGCGAGUUGGCAUCGCAGUUGAAAUCCUCACAGGCGAAAGGGUUGGCCACUCAUGUAACCUGCCUUGAAGUUGCUCGAGAAGCUGCCCUGCUUGUUGGAUUGCCUCUGGAUCGUAUAAUUCUUAUCGGAGGACGAGACUCUAAAGGUCGAUUCCAACAUUUCUCGGACGUGCAGGGUGCUAGCACGGCCAUUGAGAGAGCAACAAUCGACCCCAAAGAGGAUUUGGUUUUUCUGGUUUACUCUUCAGGGACCACGGGCUUGCCCAAAGGUGUCAUGUUAACGCAUCAAAACGUUAUGGCAAACUUACUGCAGACUUCGGUUAUGGAUGCGAAUUUGACAGACUGGAGGAUUGAUCGCACUAUCGGCUUUCUCCCUAUGUAUCACAUCUACGGACUUGCUCUCUUAGUUCUCGCCCCCGUCUACCGAGGAAUCACGGUGCAAAUAAUGCAGAAAUUUGAAUUGGAGCAGUUCUGUCAAAUCGUCCAAGAGAACAAAAUCACCCUUGCAUACGUGGUUCCGCCGGUUGCACUUCUUCUUGCAAAGCAUUCUCUCGUCGACAAAUAUGAUUUGAGCUCGCUACGGAUCCUGCAUUCCUCCGCUGCACCGUUGACAAAUGAUCUGGUGGAAAUGGUUUACAAUCGAUUGAAGGUACCCAUCAAGCAGGGGUAUGGAUUAUCAGAAGCAUCUCCAGGAGUUUCUACUCAGAGUUGGAGUCACUGGAACAAAUCCAUCGGAUCAGCCGGAAAUCUACUCCCUUCCAUCUCGAUCAAGUUCAUGAACAACAGGAAAGAAACCCAGAUUGGUGAACAAGGAGAAAUUUGGCUCAAGGGACCAAACAUCUGCAAAGGAUAUUACAACAACCCCAAAGCAACGGCCGACUCAAUCGAUACUGAAGGCUGGUACCGGACCGGGGACAUUGGCUACAUCGACCAAGACCACAAUAUCUACAUCACGGACCGAGUCAAGGAAUUGAUCAAAUACAACGGGUUCCAAGUCGCGCCAGCCCAGCUAGAGGGUCUCCUUCUGGCUCAUCCCGCGGUCAACGACGUCGCCGUGAUCGGCGUCUACAACGAACAGAGAGCAACAGAGCUCCCCAGAGCAUAUAUCGUUCCGACAAAGGGCUAUAUUGGUGACCACAAGCUCGAAGACGAAGUGAGCAAUUGGCUGAACAAGAAGGUGGCACCGUACAAACGACUUCGCGGUGGAAUUAGAUUCGUGGAUGAAAUACCCAAGAGUACUGCGGGCAAGGUUCUACGGAGAGUUUUGGCUGAGGAGGCGAGAAGGGAAGAGGCUCAGCAGGCCGGAAGAUCGAAGCUCUAG